AUGUCCAGCUCCUCCCAGGCCACCCAGAAAAUCCCCCUCCACCACCGCCCAGACGACACCGGCUACCGCCUCAUCGAGCUUCCCCCCGAACUGGAAAGCCUUCUCGAAUCAGAAAAUGCUCCCGUCCUCACUCUAGAAUCCUCCCCAACAUCAGCCCUCCUCAAAACCCCCGACAAGACAUACUCCCUCCGCCAGAAAAACACCUCAAACUCCGUCAUCCUCCUCUCCCCCACGUCAACGUCAACGUCACCUCCAGACCAAGCCAUCGCCGCCAUCUCCACCAUCCGCGAAACCGUCGAGCUGGAACCAGCACCUCAAGCUGCCGCUACCGGCGCUUCUUCUUCAGGUGGCGGCCCGCUCAAGAACACGGGCAGCAGGGGUAAAUGGCACGAAAUGUUUGGUAAAGGACGAUAG